AUGCAUCUUCCUAUCAAGACUCUCUUUGUCUCUCUCCUCGGAGCCAGCGUUCUCGCACGCCCUCUGCCCAGUGAUGCCCUGGUUGAAAGAAACGCUCCUCUGAACGAGUUCCUCAGCGUCCUUCUGUCUCAUCUGCCUGCCAUCAAUGGCUCUAUCACCGCGGUGUCGGGUCUAAUCACCGACUUUGAUCAAUUGCUCGCCGAUAUCACCGGUGCUCAAACAACCCAGAAUGGAUUUACUGGGGCUUGCACGGACUACACUGUCCUCUUCGCCCGCGGAACCAGUGAGCCCGGAAACGUCGGUGUCCUUGUUGGACCUCCUCUUGCUGAGGCGUUUGAGGGAGCCGUGGGUGCGUCGGCCUUGAGCUUCCAGGGCGUCAACGGCUAUUCCGCAUCUGUCGAGGGCUAUCUGGCUGGCGGUGAAGCCGCCGGCAGCAAGGCAAUGGCAUCCCAGGCUAGCGACAUUCUCUCGAAGUGUCCCGACACCAAGCUCGUCAUGAGCGGUUACUCCCAGGGUUGCCAGAUUGUUCACAACGCCGUUGAACAGCUCCCUGCCGAGACCGCUAGCAAAAUCAGCAGCGUCCUCCUCUUCGGUGACCCAUACAAGGGCAAGGCUUUCCCCAACGUUGACGCUUCCCGCGUGCACACCGUGUGCCACGCCGGAGACACCAUUUGCGAGAACAGCGUCAUUAUCCUGCCCGCCCACCUGACCUACGCCGUUGAUGUGGCUGCCGCCGCUGACUUCGCGGUUGCGGCUGCGAAGAACUAA